AGCAGUUGAGCGUCGCAAUUCGGUGCGAGAACAUCGUCUGGUCGCGGGGACGACGCAGCAAUAUUCUCGUUCCUCGUGCCAUAACGAAAACUAGAGAAAAAACGACGACACGACGAUCCGUUUGCGCGCUUGCGUCUUGAUGCGCAUAGCUACGACGACGACGACGACGACGACGACGACGACGAGUCGCAUUAGAUCGGUGGCGCGUUUAUCCGAGCGCGGUCUCUGCGAUUUAUACCGCGUAUCGUUAGUCUCUUCCUAACGGUAAGUAAGCUCGAAAAGACGAACAGACGAUAGUAGAUAGGCGUGCGGUUUCAUAGUGGUGAAAAUCGUCAGUGAUCCGUGGUUCUUGGUGACGGUAGGGAUCGGUCCGAGCGCGUAGUUCGGGGUUAACGGAGAACGCGCGUUCGAACGUAGAAGAGGGAGACGCGAUCGUCGUACUCGUCUUUCGAACAAGCAAAUAGCGUCUUGUCCCGAUGAGGGGGGAUUCAGCGAGACCGGGUAAACGGCCGCUACGCGCGCUCUCGGCGUCCGAGAAGAUGGAUGCGAUACAGAGGGUCCACGAGGGCGAGAGCAAAGCCUCGGUGGCCAGAGACAUCGGGGUCCCAGAGUCGACCCUUCGCGGAUGGUGCAAGUCCGAGCACAAGAUCCGAGGAAUGGCAAGGAAUUCCUCGACGCCGGACAGCGAAGUGCACUCGCCGGCCUCGUCCUCCGGCACGAACAACAUCAACCCUGGAAACAUACCCGCUGGUGGAUCAGCCAACGUUUCCAGCGAGGACGAGAGUCCUUGCGUGAAGAGGCCGAAACUGGACCAACAAACGUCCAUGACGGCCACCGGCAGUUCGUCCUUCCUGACGAACAACGACAUUUGCCUCGACAUAAACGACGGCAAACAACAGCAACAUCAGCCCGACAACAAGCACAAAAUAGAUUACGUCGGGCUUAUGACGAGUAUGGCCAAUAUGAGGCCGGAGAACAGUUCGUUGCUGCUUCAGCAACUGGGCCUUUUGUCAGGCGCGACCGGCAGCCUGGCAAAAAAUCUUCUCGGAAUGACGGCGGCCGGUCUCUCGCACGGUAGCACCGUCGGCCUCGUCGAGAACGGCCUCCAAUACACAAAGAGCACCGCGACCAAUAUGCUCUCUGGAUGCAACGGCGGUGUCGGUGUUAUCGGCGGCGGCGUCAGCGGCGUCAGCGGCGGUCUCAGUGGUGGUAGCAGCAGCAACGCCGGAAAGAGACACAGCAUCUCGGCGAUAGCUCCGGCGCAAAUGGACUCCGUCGCCAAAUCUUGCACGAGGAAGAUUUUGCCACCGGCAGCGGAGGCACCAUCGACUCCCGUUCCUGCUUCCCCAAGAAAAACCAAUGAUAACGUCGGUAGCAGCGGUAGCGGUAUCUGCGGUAUCGGCGUUCAACGUACAAAGGCGAGAAAGGAGAACGUUAUUACUACCGGGCCCGGUAUGUGCGGCGGCAGCUCUACGACCACCGCCGCGAGCAAUAACAAGAGGAUCGACGAUGCCCUCUGGCUGUGGCUAACGCAGCAACAACAACUCCUGGGACAACAAUCGGCCGCGUUCAAUCCCAGUAUCAAUCAACAAGACGGCUCGUGGUUCUGGCAAUGGUACAAGCAGUGCAGCUUUCCGUUGCUCGCGUCUACGCAAACGCCGACGCCUAUCGCGGCCAGCACAGCUGCCAGAAGAUCGCCGAGCAGAGCUAAGGCCCUUCUCGACAACGUCCUUUCCCACAACAACAACAACAACAACAACAACAACGACCUGGAGAAAGCGAGGCGCGGUAUCGUCAACCACGAGGAGGAAGGAAUCGAUUCCGUCGCGGAGGACGUGCCACGGAGCUCCGAGGAGGCGAUCGAGCACGCCGAAAAGUUCCUUAGGUGGUUGGAUAGAUGUUCUGAACCCUCCGUCACGAGGCUUCAGGUCUUGCAAUUUAAAUAUCUCUUGGACAAAUUGAAGGCGUGUAGAAAGAAAUCGUCUAGUUUAAAGCAUAGCAGAAAGUAGGCGAGCGCGCGGCACUCUGUGAUGCUAAAUAUAUAAUCUUAAGAAAGAACGUGUGUGUGCGUGCGUGCGUUGCGUGUGUGAGCGAGAAAGAGAGGAUGAGAGAGAGAGAGAGAGCGAGAGAGCGAGCGGGCGCGAGAAAGAGAGGGAGAGCAGUAGGAGCGUGUAAAGGACGCGAGCGCGCGACGAAUCGAGUAGAACGAACGGGGACCGCGAUGGAGGGUGACACGAGGUGGGGGGAAGAGGGGGAAGGGUGUCGGGCGCGCGGUUGCAAAGAGACGAAGAAGGAUGGAUUCCAGCUUCUAUUCCGCGAAGUCCCAUUCGGCGAACGGCGACGAUAAGCCUCGCGCGCCGAUAGCUCGCGGCUUCUCUGCGAGAGCGGUAGAAACGAACGAGAGAGCGCGUAAUCGGAGAAGUAUGUAAUAUUAAAAAAGAUAAAAAUAAUAAUAAUAAUAAUAAUAAAAAUAGAGUCGGAAACAAAAGUAGAGAGGAAAAGAAGAGAGACGCGGAAAGAUGGGUCGUUCGAGAAAUCGAAAUUAGAGGAAAUAGAAAAGCGGGGGGAGAGAGAGAGAGAGAAGAGAGCAACGCGUAAGCAGAGAGAGAGUUCCGUACACCGCACCGUUGCAGCGGCGUGUGCCGACGAUUCGUGUCUCGCGCGGUAGUAAAUAAUGCCAUGUGUAAACGUGGUUACGCUGGCUCGGGGGAGGUCCUCCUCCGUGGAAUAGCACAUGCGCUCACAGAGAGUAAUAAAGAACUUUUUUAUGAAUGAAACAACUCGGUCGGCCGGUCCCUCCGCCCCACCACUCCGGCGACGUCGGCGGCGGCGGUGGCGGCGGCGGCGGCGGCGGCGGUGGCAGAACGGCACAACGAGAACCACCACGAGCUGCGCCUCCUCCUCCUCCUCUUUCCCCCUCUUCUUCUUCUUCUUCUUGCCUCCUCCACCACCACCCCCUUCGUCUCACGGCGGCACUAGCGCGAGUAAAACGGCUCGACACGUUGCUACUCCACCGCUCCUCUCUUCUCCUCUUCUCUUCUCUUCUCUUCUCUCUUCUCUUCUCUUCUCUUCGCGACCGCACACGACACACCAGCCAAUCCGAAGUACGCGCGGGAAACGUUAUUAUUGCUGCACCACGAGGAGAAACGCCGGUCGCCGAGCGUGGCGCAAGCAGUCGGAAAGACGGACAGAACGAAACGAAACGAAACGAAACGAACGAAUAUAACGAAUAUAAACCACCUCGCUCGCCUUUCUUCCCUCGCACCAUCAUCAUCAUCAUCAUCAUCAUCAUCAUCUUCCACCUCCUCCUCCUCUUUCUUCUUACAUCCUUACGAUACCUUGUACCAAACCUCUUUCUUCUUCGUUUUCUUUUAUGAAGCGAACAAACCAUGCACGUACGCAUGCACGUCGUACAUGAUUUUUUUUCUCUCUCUCUCCCCCUUUCCAUACACGGUGAAACGCUCUGUUCGUUUUCGGAGGAAACGCGAAAAAAAAAGACCGAAAGAAGGAAGAGGAGGAGGAGGAAGAAAGGGGUAGAGGAAGGAGGCGAAGAGACAAGAGACGGCAGAGAGACAGAGAAAAUGUUAAGAAGAUAGAGAGAGGAAAGAAAAGAAGACACGCGCGCUCUAUACGAAAGGACGGGUGUCAAGGACAAACGGGCGAUGGCGCGCGGACUCGCUUCGUGAAUCUCUCGAUUUACUAUCGCACGCUCGCUCGUUCGCUCUCUCUUUCUCUCUCUUCCUCUCCCUCUUUCUGUACAUCUCCCUUUUUCCUUCUGCUCCUCUCUCGGCCUAUCCAAGAAGCGUAACGCGAUCGCCAAAGAUCCUCGAGGCGACGUAAAUUCUUUUCUCCGUUCUUAAUAUUCUCUCCUCGGUCGCGCUCCGUCACGCGACGCUUCUUUUUCCUGCGCUUUUAAACUCCUUCGACUUGUGUACCUUCUUUCUCUCUCUUUUUUUCUCUUUCUUCUUUUUCUUCUCUCGUUUUACUUUUUUUUUUUCUUUCUUUUCCUUUUUUUCCCCCUGUUCCUUUUUGUUUCUUUUUUUCCGAUAACGCCUGGAGGAGGCUUCCAACGCGAGAUAAACGCCGUUCGUUCUUUUUUUUUUUCCUUUUGUUCUUAUCGUUUACGACGUUCCGUCUUUCGAAUAAUUUAAUAUGCACUAAACACGCUCGUUUCUCCACUUAGUUACCUUUCCCUUAGAUAAUCGGACCGAAAUCAAAAUACAUCUAGAUCGUAAUAUGAUCCGUUUAUUCCCUUUCUAUCGAAAGAUUGUAAAUAAGAGAAUAUACCAAAUUUCCUGAAUAUGGACUGUUGUAAUUAAGAUUUAAUAUGAUAUAUCGACUCUCUAGACAAAGUAUUAUCGAUCGAUCUAUUGUUUAUCGUUCGCUUAACGUGUAAGUUUUACGUGCGUUCUACGCGAGGGUGCAAAAAAGAGAGAAAGAAAAAGCCGUGCUCUCUUUUCCAAAUUAAAAGAAGUGUGAAUGACUUCUCGAAGUAAACAAUAUAUAUAUAUGUAUAUAUAUAUAUGCAUGUAUAUAUAUUUAAAAAAAACAAAAAAGAAAGAGAGAGAGAGCAAAUCGAUUUUCGCAAAUCGAACGUUUUCGUCGAGGCUCGUCGUAACGAUUUCUGACAUCUACGAUUUUUCGAUGCAAAACUAUAUAUAUAUAUAUAAAAAAAAAAGUCGCGUUACUUUUUCGAAUUUAUCGGCGAGCACAUGAUUUUUGUAGCGAGCGUUCUCGCAACGAUUCUACCUCUCGUUUUUGUUAACGGUUUUUUUUUCUUUUUUUUUCUUUUUACUAUUAUUCGUUUUAAGUUCGUUAAUAAUAUAUAUAUAUAUAUAUACACAUAUAUAUAUAUAUAUAUAUAUUUGCCGUCUCGUCGUAUCGGCAAGAAAAAAGAUUUGUUAAAGAAAAAGAAGAGAAAAAAAAAGAGACCAGAGGCACGAAGGGGAUCUCGCAUCGCUCGGCGGAAUCGUUAUUCGCGCUUACGUAGCUUUUUAUUAGUAAAAAAAAAAAAAAAAAAAAAAGAAAAAAAAAAGACAAGAAAAAGGAAACAAAAAAAAAGAAAGAAAAAAAAACAGUCAAAGUGUUUUUCAGGUUUUUCUUACCAAUACGAGAUCCUCCUUGCCAAGUGGCUCGUAACUUAUGUAGUCGCUAACAAAUUUUGCGCAUCCCUGCCACGUGUACAGUUCCGGAUAUGGCAGUGUACUUCGUCUUAUACUCGUAGACACAAAUUUCUGCACAAGAAAAGCGAUAUUAUUGUCAUUGUCAUCGUCAUCAUUAUCAUUAUUGUCAUUAUCACUGUCAUCGUUCGUUUUUAUUAUUAUUAUCUUCGUCGCCGUCGUCGUUGUCGUCGUCGUUAUCGUUAUCCUUUAAAACACCACUUUGUGAAUUUGUUUCAUACUUUUGCACCACAUCGUCACGUGCAAGAUCGUUCACUAUUCUUUUUUUUUUGUAUCUUUUUUUUUCUUUUUUUGUUCUUAUACUUUUCCUCUUUUAACUGACGUUGAAGAAGAAAAUAAUAAAUAAAUAUAUAUGUAUAUAUCUUGACUGAAUGUAAUGAGUUUUCUCUAAACGAUUAUCAAUCGAAUUUUUAAUAUUAGACUUGAUCGCUCUUUUUUUUUUUUUUAAUCGCGUAAUUGAAUAAUAGAAGUUGGCGAUCUUGCGAGCGACGAAGUGUAUAUAUAGAAGAAAAAAAAAAAAAUGAAAUUAAAAGAAAAUAAAAAUAAAAAUAUACAAGCGAUAUAAACACACGAGCACGCGUGCGCGUGCGUGCAUACAUAUGUACAUACACGAUAAAUAAGAGGAAACCAAAGUGAAAAAGUGUCGUUGUAUAAUGGGCGGCACAUGUAAAUAAGACUGUGACCAUGCACUCGCACGCGAAGAAAAAGUGCAUGCCAUUGUAUUGUAGAACGUUUAAAAUAUGUAUGAAUAAAUGUAUAGCGAAGUUUAUUUUUAUUAUUUAGAUUAUAGAGAGAAAGAGAGGAGAGGAAUGCUCGAAUGUAAUAGAAAAGAUUCCUAUAAACUAUAAACACGGUUACGUAUUUCCGUUAGUUGAAUUACGAAGAUAUGAGAGAGAAGUAACGAGCAUAUACGUGACAAAGAGAGGAAGAGAGAGUGAAAAAGAGAGAGAGAGAGAGAGAGAGAGAGAGAGAGAGAGAGAGAGAGAGAGAGAGAAUAUAUUAGAGAGGAUAUAUACGUUAUAAUAUAUCGAGAACACACGUAUAAACAUUCCUCGUCAUUUUAUAUAUACAUAUAUAUAUAUAAUGUAUGUAUGUGUAUAUAUAUACACGCGUCCGCGUACGCCUUUCAACGCGACUUUCAGCAGAUUUUAAAUAAUAACAAUAAUUUUAUUUAUGAACACAUUUUAAUUUUUAUAUGGAGAAUGCCUUUGUACGACGAGUCGAAAGUAUUUAUCGAAAGAAUACACCGAAGAAUAAUAAAACACGUGUCGCACGAUUUUUUACCGAUCCUUUAAUCCGAUAAUGAAACGGAAAAAAUUUUCAUUUGACUGCCAUUUUCUUUCCUUUAAAUCGUCUAUCGAGUCUAUCGUAUCGCGAUCCAAAAGAGGAUUCUUUUGGCUCGAAUAUGGCUUCCUCCAUUCGACGAAACUUUGCACGGAUCAAUCUUGUGAUGUACAGUAAAUCCCCGUACAAUAACACGGCUUAUAUGUUCCAUUAUACAUUUUUUUUUUCCAAUGGAAAUCAAAACACAAUGAAGAUUUUUAAGAUGAUCAAAUCAUGGAAUACCUGUGCACGGUAUCAAUGUUUCUUUUUUUUUUACCGUAAUAUACCUUAAUACACGAGUGAUAACUUUUGCGUAGAAGUUAUACGAAUCCGUGUUAAACGGGAUUAUACUGUACUCUGUUGUUUUUCUCUUUUGUUGGGUUCUUUUCUUUCUUUCUUUUUCUUUUCUUUUUUUUUUACGAAUCGAUCAUUACAUGUCUCGAUCCUUCGAAAUACACAAUUUUCAUCUUAGCACGAAACAAAUUCGUUGUUACGAAGGCGCAAAGACUGAACGCGAAUAAUUUCAUGAAUACAUACAUAUACUUGCUUCGAAAAUAUUAAUUUGAAAUUUUAAUGCCAUCGUUUCGAAUCGUUUAACACUAGAAUUACCGAUAAUAUUAUUCUGAUAUACCUUAAAGGUAUAUCUCGUAUGGUAUCUCAGAAAAAUGGAAUUUAUAAAAUUGAACACACACAUAUAUAUAUAUAUGUAUGACGACAUACACACACAUACACGUAUACAGAAUAUUUCAGAAUAAGUAGGAAAUGUUUUAGAUAUCUAAACAAUAAAAAAACAUUUAUAUAGAUAUAUGUCCCAUUCGAAUUUCUUUUCAGAUUAUAGCGAACUUGAUUUUCAACAAACUUUAUCUGCUUACUUUCAUAAAAGAUGUUCGAAAUGACGACCUUCUCGCAUGCGAAUAUAAACUCGCAACGUCUUACCAAUGAUCGUCUUACUCUUUCCAUCUGUCUAGAUCUUUUUCAAAUUCGUUAGAAAUUUCGUUCAAUUCUUUCAAUUCAUUGAGUUUCAUCUAUUUAACGAAAGAAUUAAUAGCGAUACAAUAAUUCGUUAUUACACGAAAACAAAGUCAAACAGGACAUAUAUUAUGUGAACUUCAUUUAUUGUUUUGAUGUCUUGAUGUCACCCCUAAAAUAUUUCCCACUUAUCUAUCAAUAUAUAUAUACGUCUAUAAAUAUACACACAUAUAUAUAUAUACGUAUGUAUGUAUGUAUGUAUAAGUAUGCACGUAUACGAACACACAAAACACAAUAGAAAAGUUAUAUUGCCUUGAAAAAAUUUGCAAUGAAAUUAAGAAUAAAAAAAAUUCAUUGUGAUCGAAGUUGGUAAAUCUAGCGUUAAAGCGGCAAGAAAAAGUCGUCAAAUUUUAGUGAACUCUACGAUAACUUAAUACAUAUUAUAUCAAUUAUAUAGUAUUCCAUCGUAAUAUCGUAGAGUUGCAAUGUCUCUACCAAGUUUGAUCGAUUGAAAGUUUCAUUUUCUACAGUUUAAUCGAUAAUACGAUUAUAACGGAGGAGGAAUGAUAAUUAAGCUUUUCAACGCAAAACUUAUCGAAUCGUUGCUUUCAAUAAUUACACAAGUUAUAAUUUGUGAAGAAUUUAUACGUGCUGACAUGUUACGGGGAUAUAUCGAAAGACCGUAAGUAUCGAAUUGUAUUUAAUGAUGGCAAUGAUGGUGACGACGACGAAGACGACGACGAAGACGACGACGACGACAAGAAAUUACGCGCGAAUUUAAUAGUAGAUUUGAAAUAUAUUGAAUCGAAUAUAUAUCGUAAAAAAAAAAGGGAAAAAAAAAGACAAACAAACAAAGAAAACUGUAAUUAUAUCGUAUUAAGAAUAUUUGUGAAAUACGAAAUAUAUAUAUAUAUAUAAUAUGUAUAAAAUUUGCAGAUGAUAUAAAUUAAUAAACGACAUUGUUUGGGUGUCAUCGAGAUAGUCAUAAAAA